UUUGAACUCUAAAACUCACAAACACCCUACACCCGCACUGCACCCCCAGCGCAAAUUAGCACCCGCUCCUUUCACUUCACUCACAUUCCCUUGUAUUUGUCCGCCUUAAAAAUCAAAAUCCUCCCUCCCCAUUCCUCAUCUUCACUCUCUACAGAAACCCAAACUCUUGUAUUAUUAUUAUUAUUGAUCACACGAUGGAGUGUGAUCGCGUGGUUGUUUUGGUGGUAGUGGUGCUGCUUUGCUGUCAGUUUGAAGCUUCAAUUGGACUCACAUUUUCCUCCAAGCUGAUACACCGUUUCUCCGACGAGGCUAAAUCUCUAUCGAUUUCGCGCAAGGGCAAUGCGAGUGGUGAUUUGUGGCCGAAACGGUACAGUUUCGAGUACUUUCAAUUGUUACUAGGUAACGACUUGAAACGACAGAGAAUGAAGCUCGGUUCGCAGAAAAAUCAGUUGCUGUUUCCUUCCCAAGGAAGCCAAGCUCUCUUCUUCGGAAACGAACUUGACUGGUUGCAUUAUACAUGGAUUGAUAUCGGCACUCCAAACGUGUCGUUUUUAGUUGCAUUGGAUGCUGGUAGUGAUUUGUUAUGGGUCCCAUGUGAUUGUAUUCAAUGUGCCCCCCUAUCUGCCAGUUACUACAAUAUUUCUCUGGAUAGAGAUUUAAGCGAGUAUAGUCCAUCUUUAUCAAGCACAAGCAGGCACUUAUCUUGUGAUCACCAGUUAUGCGAAUGGGGUUCGAAUUGCAAAAAUCCCAAGGAUCCCUGCCCUUACAUUUUUAACUAUGAUGAUUUCGAAAAUACAACGAGUGCUGGGUUUUUGGUUGAGGAUAAAUUACAUUUGGCAUCAGUUGGUGAUCACGCGGCUCGGAAAAUGUUGCAGGCUUCUGUUGUUUUAGGGUGUGGUAGGAAGCAAGGUGGGAGCUUUUUUGAUGGAGCUGCUCCAGAUGGUGUUAUGGGACUGGGACCUGGAGACAUUUCUGUCCCCAGUUUGCUUGCUAAAGCUGGAUUAAUUCAAAAUUGUUUCUCGCUCUGUUUUGACGAGAAUGAUUCUGGGAGGAUUCUUUUUGGUGAUAGAGGGCAUGCCUCCCAACAGUCAACACCAUUUUUGCCAAUACAAGGAACUUAUGCUGCUUACUUUGUCGGGGUGGAAUCUUAUUGUGUUGGUAAUUCUUGUCUUAAGAGAUCCGGGUUCAAAGCAUUGGUUGACAGCGGUUCGUCUUUCACAUAUCUUCCAAGUGAAGUUUAUAAUGAACUUGUGUCAGAGUUUGACAAACAAGUGAACGCUAAAAGAAUUAGUUUUCAAGAUGGCCUGUGGGACUAUUGCUAUAAUGCCAGUUCACAGGAAUUACACAACAUUCCCGCCAUUCAACUUAAAUUCCCAAGGAACCAGAACUUUGUAGUUCAUAACCCCACAUAUUCCAUUCCGCACCAUCAGGGAUUUACAAUGUUCUGUCUAAGUCUCCAGCCAACAGAUGGUAGUUACGGUAUUAUUGGACAAAACUUCAUGAUUGGUUACCGCAUGGUUUUUGACAUAGAGAAUUUGAAAUUGGGUUGGUCUAAUUCCAGCUGUCAAGAUACAAGUGACAGUGCAGAUGUGCAUCUUGCCCCACCUCCAGAUAAUAAAUCACCAAAUCCACUUCCAACAAAUGAGCAACAGAGCAUCCCUAGGACACCUUCGGUUGCUCCAGCUGUUGCUGGAAGGACUUCCUCUGAAUCAUCCGCGGCUUCCCUGCUCAUUCCAUUCCUCCAUUUAAUGAUCUCAUUGCUAUUGCUACUCGUUAAAUGUAUGUUUAUCUCAACUUUCUAACCAUUUUGCUUAUCUCUUCUGUCUCACUUGUAUAUCCUGUCUUUCGUUUUCAAGCUCUCCCAACUUUAAAGGAAUUUCAUUUUUUCUCCUGGUCACUGUAGUGGUGAUGGUUGGUGGGAAAGACUCAUUUUGAUUUAGUGAUCUAUGUUUUGCUCUGCCCA